AUGGACUACGCAUUCCCGGACGAGGUUCGGCCCAUGAGUGUUAGGGAACUAACUGAAAAGGCGAAGGAAUAUGAAUGGAAUCCUAGGAUCGGCUUCAAAUUCUGGGCACGUGCUGCCGAGACAAUCCAUCACGAGGGUCAAGUCUAUCUACACGAGGGCAAUCUCGCCCAAGCAUACCUAGUCCUUCUCCGAUACUCCAUCCUCGUUCUCGAACACCUAGGCAGCCACCCCGAGGCGAAAGCUCCCGAUUCACGCAAGGCCCUCAAGCCCCUACAAAGGCGAAUCCCCGCCAUCAUCGAGAUUCUCGAGACUUUACGGCCGCAGUUAGACGAAUCUUACGACCAGUACCUGAAGCUCAUCGCGGCCCGCCAGGCCCGCAGGGAUGUUGCAAGGGAGUCCCAACGGAUAUCUUCAUCCCCUACCUCCAGGCACGCGGCCAACGACGCUGCACUAUCGUGGAACCACGCAUCACAGGCUCGAAUUCUGGACGUGAGGGACCACCAAGAUCUCGCGGUAGAUCUGGCGAAGAAAGAACUAUACCGACGUCGACGCCACGCAGAGGGGGCCGAGGGCGAUGAAUACAAACGCCGGGACGCGGGCUUCUGGGAAGGUUGGAAUCGCAAUGCCCUGAAACCCGAUCCUGAGACUAGGCCCAUUGAUGACGAUGACCUCCAAAGACAAAUGGAAGCAACCAGGCGUCAUCUGGACCACUCCGAUGAUCUACGGGCCUCUGAAUCUCAAGAUGGAGCUCUCGAAAGCACGCCCUCCGCUUCAUACUCCUACCCUUCUAUCAACAAAUCCAUCUCAUUCAGAUACGUUUCCCCAUCUCCGCCUUCGCGCACGGAGGAGUACAGCGUACAACCACCGCGGCCGCCAAAGGAGUUUAUCGAUUUCCCCGAAAACGAGCCUCUCCGGCCCCGGCCUCCGCCGCCCCGUCCAGACAAGGACCCCUUAGCAUAUAGCUCGCCGUUCGAGGCAAGCAGUCCCAGAACAGAGGUCGGCCCCGCCUUGCCCCCCAAACUUUCCCAGACCACGAAGCAGGAGCGAGUCACCUUCAGGCCUGCUGCGUACCUCGAAAACGGCGAACCCAUCCGGCCAGUCUUCCUCCCUAGCACGCUCCGCGACGCAUUCAUGAAAGUUGCCGCCGACAACACGCACAAAGGCUUGGAGAUGUGCGGCAUUCUAUGCGGCACGCCCGUUAACAACGCGCUCUUCAUUUCGUGUCUGCUCAUCCCCGAACAAAAGUGCACGUCGGACACGUGCGAAACGGAGAACGAGAACGCAAUUAUCGAGUAUUGCAUGAGCAGGGAUCUUAUUGUCAUCGGCUGGAUCCACACUCACCCCACGCAGACCUGUUUCAUGAGCUCGCGAGACUUGCACACCCAAGCUGGAUACCAGGUCAUGAUGGCGGAAAGCAUUGCCAUUGUCUGCGCGCCGCGGCACACACCUUCAUGGGGAAUUUUCCGACUUACGAAGCCCCCUGGUCUCCCGCAUAUCCUGCAAUGCACGCACAAUGACACUUUUCACCAGCACUCGAUUGACAACAUCUACACGGACGCAGGUCACCCCGGUGGCCAUGUAUACGAGUCCUCCAAUCUGGAUUUCGAGUUGCAUGACCUACGGCCGACGAAGCACUAG